AUGAAGGACGAGUUGAAGCAGCUACGUUCCGACCUGGAACGUGAGCAGACGGUUCGCAAGGAGGAGACGGAGACAGUUCGUCGCCUUCUCACUCGCAACAUCACCGAGGAAUCGCAAAUGCGCGCCAGCUUGGACAGCAAGCUCGAGGCUUUUCAGAACCUCUCAAAAACGUGGAUAAGCUCCUUGGGAAAGGAUGUGAUGGCUUCAAAGGAGCGGCUGAACUCCCUUGACUCCAUCGCCGAGCAGCAUAGCACAUCGCUGCUUGCACACGAGGAACGCUUGGUGACUGCUGAUUCCGCGAUUGCGUUACGCUGCACUGUUACCGACUACAAGUCGCUGGCCACCACCCUUGCAGAGCUUCAAGCGGAAGUAGUGCGUGACCGCGCCACGGCACAAGCAUCCGUGGACACGGCCACACGUGAGUUGCAGAGAACUCUUCGCACGACUGACGGUCGCCUGGAUACCCUCCAGCAGAGCCUGGAGAGCAGCAGUGCAGCCCUCAGCACGGAGAUCUCAGGCAUUUCCGACAAGGUGGAAACCCUGCAGUCCGUGACCAAGACACUCUCCAAGCAGCGAGAUCUGGAAUUGUUGGAAGCGCGCAUGCAGAAGGCUGAAACGUCACUCCAGGCCACAACUGAAGAGCUCGGGCGCAAGGCGGCUGCCUCGGCCAUGAAAUCCCUGUCAGACCGCGUGACAGAGAUGGGAAUGGAGGCCCACACGCAAAGCACCCGCUUGCAGAUGGCUUUGGAUGAGCAUACUGGACAUAUUGGUGCCCUUGACAAGGAGACGCAGAAGCUGGAACGCCAAUAUGAGAUUGAACGCUCCCGCACAUCGAACUGCAUCAUUGCCCUGGAGAAGGAGCUUGCGACCAAGACGAGUGCUGCAGAAAGCGAUGCAACGAAUGCCCGGCUCUCCACCGCCACCGCCUCCAUCCAGAGGCUGGAGACGCUAGCAACCACCAAAGUGUCCUCUGACACCUUCGAGAAGUUACAGGGGCGCAUUGACCAGAUGGAGGUGACUAUGAUCAGGAAGGCCGAUAGCGAGACUCUGGGGAAGGCUGCGCAGCAGGUCACUGAACAGGCGAGGCAGCUCGAGUCUGUUGCCAGCCAGAUGCGCGACCAGGGCAACAAGUUGGAGGUCUUGGACGGGCGCACUGAGACCAUUAAGGACCAGCUCCUCCAGAAAGCCGAAAACAGCAAUGUUUACACCGUUGACGGCGUGGAUGGAAUGCUGCGAGCCUACUACAAUCGUGAAGAGAUGGAUGCGCUGCUGCCGGCAACCCAGAAGUUGUUCUGA